AAAACAAGAGACAACUUUUGACACUUAAACGUUAUAUUAUUUGGCAACUGUUCUUUUAUAAUAUAAACUGAAGAUUUCAGAACUAAUACAGAUUUUUCAUCUAAAAAAUGUCUUCACAACAUACAUCACGUUCAAACACCGUUACUUCUGCAAAUAUCAAUAUCGACGAUGUUUCUGCGCAGAAGCCAGAAACUGAUUCAGAAAUUAAGGUACCUCUUGAAACGAAGUCAGAUAGCAAUUGUAACUUAUUUCAAUCACCUAAAUUUUGCCAGUUAAUAAAGACUCUUCUCCAAAUGGAAAACAAAGAAGAAUUUCAACCGAAAAAAUCUAGAGUGGACUUAGCUUCAUUACCUACUAGGCAGUAUUUGGAUCAAACUGUGGUGCCCAUUUUAUUGCAAGGCCUCUCGUACUUAUCCAAAGAAAGACCUCCAGAACCAAUAAAUGCUUUAGCUGCUUUCUUAUUGAAACAUCGAUCGACUUAUGAAGGAAGUCCAAAUAGUUCUCCACCAGAAACUGAGAGGAAGAGCUGAAACUUAUAGACUUAUUAGGCAUGCUAAUAAAAUUUUAAGUAUAAUAUUUGUGUUUCUAUUUUAUUCACUAGUAAAUUACAUUUCUAAUACAAUUUUUAAAUUGAUUUAUAUCACUGCAAAGGACAGGUUGUGUUCAAUUUACUGUGUUCCAAUUUUAUACAAUUAGCAUUAAGUGCAUGACAAGUUUUGUAAUACUUAACGUUUUACUUACAAUAAAGAAAUGUAGAACUUA